AUGGCGGUGGUUGAGCAGCCUGAGAUGCAGCUGAUGCAGCAGCAGCAGCAGCAACAGCAGCAGCAGCAGCAGCAGCAGCAGGAAUGGGAGGAUGAUCUUGGCCUGGCUCCUGUGUCUCAUAUUCUUCGUGUUGCUGCUGCUGCUGCUGCAGCAAGACUGCUGCGGUUGCUGCAGCACCGGGGCAGCUGUGCUGCGCCGCUGCUGCCGCUGCUGCCAGCAUUUGCUGCUCACAUCCGAGCCUUCUGCCGACGGCUGCAGAUGCUGCAGGGUCACCUGCUGCUGCAGCAGCAAGCAGCAGCAGCAGCAGCAGCAGCAGAUGAUGAUGAUGAUGAUGAUUUGAAGGGAGACUGGGCCUGCUGCUUCUCCUGCCUGCAGCAUCCACCACACUGCAGCAACAGCAGCAACAGCAGCAGCAGCUGCUGCUGCUGCUGCUACAUCAGCAGCAAGAUUGCUGCCAAGGCGAGACAGCUGCUGCGGCAUGAAGGCCAGCUGGUGAUACAGCUCCUCCUGUGGGGUGCUGACGCCGUAGAUGCUAUGUCUUUAGAGGCGUCGCUGAUGCUGCCAGCAGCUGCGGGUCUUCUUGCUGCGCUGCAGCCGCUGCAGCAGCUGGAGGCAGCAGCAUGCAGCAGGCUUGCUGCUGCUGCAGUGCUGGUGCUGCUGCGGUGUACAAGCGCGGCUAGGUGGAAGCUGAGAGACAGCAGCAGCGAGGAGACAGCAUGUGAAUCUGCUGCUGCUGCUGCUGCUGCUGAAUGCGACGAUCCUGCUGCUGCACUAGCAGCAGCAGCAGCAGCAAACGAAAACAGCAAGGCAGCAAAGCUGCUGCUGCUGCGCCGCUGGCACUCUUCUGUCUCUGCUCUGAUUCAGCCGCUGUUGGGGACAGCUACACAGGAGAAAUAUGGCCUUGCUGCGCCGCUGGCACUCUUCUGUCUCUGCUCUGAUUCAGCCGCUGUUGGGGACAGCUACACAGGAGGAAUCUGGCCUCAACAGCAGCAGCAGCAGCAGCAGCAGCAACAGCAGCAACAGCAGCAGCAGCAGCAGGGGCCAGUGGGGUGCAGCCUUAGAUCGUGUUUUGCUGCUGCUGUAUGGCCGCAAGGGGAUAACCGGGGAGGUGUUUGCUGCUGCAGCAGGACCAGCAGCAGCAGCAGCAGCAGCAACACCAGCAGCAGCAGCAGCAACACCAGCAGCAGCAGCAGCAACACCAGCAGCAGCAGCAGCAGCAGAAGUUCCAGACGCACAGCGUGCUGCUGCUGCUGUCUCCUCAUACCUGACGGAGACAGGAUGGACUCUCGCUACUCGUUGCUGCUCCCUGCAAGCAAGACGGCCUUACCCCUGCUGCUGUUCUGCAUGCAGCAGCAGCAGCAGCAGCAGCAGCAGCAACAGCAGCAGCAAGAGCAGCAAAUGCUGCACCAGGGGAAGCGCAUGCAGCACGUGGUGCCUGCCAGUAACAUCUGA